AUGGAUCACUUAGCUUCAUUACUGAUAUCCGAUGACAGACCGAUUGAUGACGAUUUCCCUAAUGAGCAGUUUGUUUCAGUUGCCAGAAUUGCAAGAUGGCGCUUAUACUUUGAUGGUCUAGAGACUGUACUUGAUCUUGGGGUCCAACAGUUGGAGAUCCACAGGAAUUCUAACUUGGUUAUACAGCAAACUCAGGGUAUUUGGAGAACUCGGGAUGAGAAACUGAAACCUUACCAUGCUUACUUGGACUUGUUGAUUGAUAGAUUUUAUGAGUUGAGGUAUAUACAUCUACCUAGGGUAGAGAAUCAGUUCCCUAAUGCGUUAGCCAUCUUGGCUUCUAUGAUUGAGAUUCCUGCAGGGAUGACUAUGCGACCAUUGUUGAUUGAAACCAAAUCCGCACCAGCUUACUGUUGUUUGAUUGGAAAUAUUGAGGAUCAGGCUGAGCUACCAUGGUAUCAUGAUAUUCAUCAGUUUCCGGCAUAUGGUGCUUACCCUAAGUCAGUCACGACCAAGGAUAGGAGAGCAUUGAGAUAG